UCCACCUUCCACCUUUAUGGUUUAUUGCAAAAGAAAACAAAAAGACAUGGAAAUGGAUUCUGAACUUACAAAGCCAUUGCCGAGUUGAUGCGCGAGAUCGAAGGGCAGAAUUCCGGUUUAAGCAUCCACAAACAAAGCGAGCGCAAAGUGAAUCCAUUGGGAAAACCGAAUAAGCGCUUUUUAAAAACCACAAUAAAUACGGUGAUCCAGCAUAAUAAAAGAACGAACGAGCGCACUCAGGCCAAUUGCCGGCAGAAACUCCAGGACCUGGAUGACGUCUAUGAAAGGAGGCAGUCCAAUUACUUCUACACUCGUGAUACAAGCCGAAACCGGAGUGUGGAAAGGAGCAGAAGCAGAAGUUCCAGCAGGAGCCGCAGCAGGAGUCGCCUCAGGAGUCGCACCAAAAAGGCCAAAAAGCGGCGCAGCAGAAAGAGAAGCAGGAGCAGCAGAAGUUCCAGCCGCAGUCGCAGUCGAUCGCAUCGGAGGAGGAAGCACAAAAAGAAGGCCAAGAAGCACAAAAAGUCCAAGCGAACUCGCCCAAGAAGUCGCAGCAGCACUUGGGAUCGGGAAAUGCCGCCCAGCGAUUCUUUGCCCAGGGCCCAACCUUCGGAAGCGUUUUUCAAUCACUCGAAGAAUAUGGCUUUGGCCGUGGCCAUGGCCUACAGUCACUUAUUGAAUGCGAAUGGACAACUCAAAGCCAAAGACUCCAAGGAAGAACCAUCUUCUCCUAAAUGUGAUAUCGAUAUAGUCCGGGAACUGAUGUCCGACGAAGAACCUGACAGGACCGAGAAGCCCGAUACGCUGUCCAUUUCGUCCAGCGACGGAGAGGAACAUGUUCUUACCAUCACAGUAAACUCGAAUUCCGAGUCCUCAAGCUCGGAUACCGACUCCGAUUCCAAACACAGCGCUGGCAGCUGCAUAAACCUAGAAGCAUCGGAAUCUGAUAACAAAAGUGAUAUAGAAAUAAUUGAGUGCCAAGAAGAGCCGAGAAAAGCACCUGAACCUGCGCCUCAACCUGAACCUGAAUCGGAAAACGAAAACGAAAAGCAACAGGCGGACGAAAGUGCCGACCUCGCCACCGUGGACCUGACUGAAGAUUAAUUAAGCUAAAGUUUAAAGUUUUAAUGUUAAUUCGUCUUUGACCUAUAUCACAGAGAAUUUAUAAACCUAGAACAAUCUGUUGCUGAACAAAGAAACAAAGAAAAUUUUAAUACACAAAGAGGUUUUUCUUAUUUUGGAAGUGUUUUGGUAGUUCCAAAUAGUCUUUCCUACAUACGAUACAAUAGUUUUAUGAAGUUGUGAGAAAAUUUAAUAUUACAAUUUAAGCCUGGAGCCUAACAUCAGAUUGGACAAAAUGCACCUGGUAUUCUUGAAAUAAUUGACUUUACUUUUUAUUGAAUAAAUAAAGCAGCCAAAAUAGUUUGCAUCGUUAAUAGCAUACAAAUGUUAAACAAAGUUAAAUGUUUUAUAAAGUUGUGUUAAAAAUAAAUAUUUUUAGAAUUUUAA